CUCUACUACUCUUGUUAUCCUUCCAUCCACCCAGAAACGCCGCUCCCGACACCACUACUACGAUCCCCUCGUCCUCCCCCCGUCCUCCCCGCAGUCUACGGCCGGUCCCUCAGCGACCGGGCGAGGGAUAAAUAGGUAGCAUCCCUCGCCGUUUCUGGGUGCGGACGGCCCCACAAAGCUUGUUCGACUCCAACAACACUCCAAAAAAAACAUCGAAAAUCUUCACGAUGGCUACCGUGAACGCCCCAAGUGCCAACAUCGAGGUCGACCCGAAAGUGUACGAGAAUGACGACUCCGACUAUGGCUCCGCCGGCUACGACACUAGCUCGACAUCCCUCUCGUCCUCCGUGCACGAAUACAUCUUCGAGAACGGCCGUCGCUACCAUGCCUACUUCGGAGAAGACAAGAACCUGCUGCCCACUGACGAGAAGGAGCAGGACCGGAUGGACCUGCACAACGAGAUCCUGCUGCGACUGUUCGACGGGAAACUGCACAAGUCGCCGUUGAAAGACCCACAGCGCAUCCUCGAUGUUGGCACAGGAACCGGAAUCUGGGCGAUCGAUAUGGCCGAUCGGUAUCCCAUGGCGGAGGUUAUCGGAAUCGACCUGAGUCCGAUCCAACCAAGUUGGGUACCCCCGAACUGCAAGUUCACCAUGGACGAUGCCGAGAAACCCUGGACAUACGCCGAUAACACCUUCGAUUUUAUCCAUUUCCGAAAUGUCGCCCAGGCUAUCUCCAACUGGCCGGCCGUGAUGGCGGAAGCGUACCGCUGCCUUAAGCCCGGCGGAUAUAUCGAGAUGGCGGACACGAACGUCGACAUCUUGUGUGACGACGGCACCAUGAAGCCCGAUAAUCCCGCCAAAGUGUACUGCGACAUCCUCAACACCGCGCUGGACAAGAUUGGCAAACCCACGACGCGAGAGGGCGACAUCGACAAGCUGCUCACCAACGCCGGCCUCGAGGGCCUACACACCUUUGCCGUGCGGCAUCCAUGGGGUCCGUGGGCGAAGGACAAGCGGCUGAAGGAGGUCGGCGUCAUGAUGCUGCUGCAGGGGCAGACCGCUUUCCCUUCAUACGGAUUGGCGGCACUGACGAGAAUCUUGGGUUACGACGUCGCGAAGGCCCAGAAGAUUUGUAACGACGGAUACCAGGCGACGAGGAAUAAGAAUACCCACAUGUAUUCCGUUCACUACGUUGGAUACGCGCAGAAGCCGCUGAAGAACUGAUGAGCGGGCGCUGAUGGAGAUGAAGGAUCGGAAGUGACUACUCGCGUGGG